GGUGGCUUAAUCAUUUGGGGUCCUUGCGAGAAGCUCGGCGGCGGUGUCGCCAUUAAGACAAAUAUAACAAAAUAGGAGAGAAAAGUGAAGUAAAUAUUCAGUAAAAAAUCAAGUCACUGGAUGUUAUUGGAACAUCACUGGUCCAGCGAUGAAUCUUGAACUGCUCGAAUCCUUUGGGCAGAACUACCCAGAGGAGGCAGAUGGAACUCUCGACUGUAUCAGCAUGGCUCUCACCUGCACCUUCAACCGCUGGGGCACCCUGCUGGCGGUAGGCUGCAACGACGGCCGCAUCGUCAUCUGGGACUUCCUCACGCGGGGCAUCGCCAAGAUCAUCAGCGCCCACAUCCACCCGGUCUGCUCCUUAUGUUGGAGUCGAGAUGGCCACAAGCUGGUGAGUGCGUCCACAGACAAUAUCGUGUCGCAGUGGGACGUGCUGACUGGCGACUGUGACCAGCGCUUCCGUUUUCCCUCCCCCAUCUUAAAACUGCAGUGCCACCCCAGAGACAUGGACAAGGUGCUGGUGUGUCCCAUGAAGUCAGCCCCGGUCCUUUUGACUCUGUCCGACUCCAAACACGUCGUCCUGCCUGUGGACGAUGACUCAGACCUGAAUGUGGUGGCGGCCUUUGACAGGCGGGGGGAGUACACCUACACUGGGAAUGCCAAAGGAAAGAUUCUGGUAUUGAACACGAACACUCAGGAGCUGGUGGCAUCAUUCCGGGUGACCACUGGAACCAGCAACACCACCGCCAUCAAGUCCAUUGAAUUUGCACGCAAGGGCAGUUGCUUCCUCAUUAACACGGCAGACCGAAUCAUCCGAGUCUACGACGGCAGGGAAAUUCUGACCUGCGGUCGAGACGGUGAGCCGGAGCCGAUGCAGAAACUACAAGACCUGGUCAACAGGACACCUUGGAAGCGCUGCUGCUUCUCUGGAGAUGGCGAGUACAUUGUCGCCGGCUCGGCACGACAGCAUGCGUUGUACAUCUGGGAGAAGAGCAUCGGCAACCUGGUGAAGAUCCUACACGGAACCAGAGGAGAGCUGCUGCUAGAUGUUGCUUGGCAUCCUGUACGUCCCAUUAUCGCUUCCAUUUCAAGUGGUGUGGUGUCCAUCUGGGCCCAGAACCAAGUGGAAAACUGGAGCGCUUUUGCUCCAGACUUCAAGGAACUGGAUGAGAACGUCGAGUAUGAGGAGAGAGAGUCUGAGUUUGACAUUGAGGACGAAGACAAGAGUGAACCAGAGCAGACAGGUGCAGACGCAGCAGAAGACGAGGAAGUGGACGUCACCACGGUGGACCCCAUAGUGGCUUUUUGCAGCAGUGACGAGGAGCUGGAGGAUUACAAGGCUUUGUUGUACCUGCCCAUCGCCCCUGAGGUGGAGGACCCCGAAGAAAACCCCUUCGGCCCGCCGCCAGACACCCAGGCACAGGCCGGAGCCACAGAGGAGGCUGGCGGCGACAAAAAGCCACGGCAGCCUUCUUCUGAAGGAGGCCCGGCCAAAAAGAAGGCCCGCACUACCAACAUUGAACUGCAGGGGGUGCCUGUUGACGAGGUGCACCCCCUGCUGGGAGUGAAGGGGGAUAGCAAGUCUAAGAAGAAGGCAGCCGGCCGGCCCAAAGGCUCCAAAGGUAAAGACAAAGACUUCGCCUUCAGGCCCAAGCCCUUCAGGGGCGAGCGGCCCUCCUUCACCAUGGAGGUCCUGGGCAGCUCUGGCCCGGGAGGAGUAGGAGGAGGAGGAGGAGGAGGGAUGAAGGGCAGGGCAGAAGGGGGCCUGGUGCCAGGGACCCUGGUGACGCAGGCGUACAAGCAGCACGACAUCGGAGGGAUGGACUGAACCGCCGGGCCACAGGACCGUGACAGACACACGGAGACCGGCUGUCACGUACAGACUUUGUUGGGUGGGUGCACUCUUUCCACUCCCACCAGGGAACGUUUCACAGCUCAGCCCACUGACACCAGAGAUCGCCUGGCCUCCUUUCUCACGUAUAGAACUUGUGGUUUGUGUACUUUGUGCUUUUUAUACAUUAAAACAUUUUUGAUUCAUAAGUGACAACCUGUUUGUGAC